GAGGCAGGGGGAGCCCGGGAGCAGCGGCAGCCCAGCCUGGCGGGCAGCGAGCCCGGCAGACAGGCGGGGUCCCUAGCCCGGCCGCGCUGACGUCAGGAAACUUUCUCCGCUGCUGAGGCAGGAGCGGGCGCUGUGUACCGGCGCGGCGGGACGACCUCCAUCACCUCGUCAGGUACCGCGGCCCCGAGGGCAGCCUGCAUGCGCGGCACAGUCCGAAGGCUCCUCACUGUCCCUCCCGGGGCCGAGGGCAUCCGGGUUCACCGAUGGGUCCCGCGGUGCGGUUGGCGAGAGACAGCGGCCAGGGAGGUGCGGGCGCCUGUUGAUUGCUGCGGCAGCAGGGCUGUCCCGGGCUCAGCCGCUGCCCGACGCAGCAAACUUCCCAGACGACGGGUGAACGGGCGAGGCGGGCGGGCCGGGCGGCGGGAGCAAGGAGGGGUGUCGGCGUGAGUAACGGGGCUUGCUCCCGGGAUCGAGGGGAGCCUCCCUGCUCUUCACGGCUGGUGUGCGGGACAGGUCUCAGCGCGGGAGGCGGCCGUACACCUGCGGUAGUUAGGCGAGCGGUGCGGAACUUGCGGUGCGCGCAGCUUGCGUAGGCUUUUUUCUCCAACUUGGAAACCGCAAGGACUUGGGGAUUUUAAGCAUGCGCUAUGCCAUGGUACAUGAAAAGCUAUAAAGCAGCAGUAACAAAGGUUCAAAAAUGUUGACAAAGGAGUGAUCUAUUCCACAUGAAAAUUAGUGUCUGCUCUGUACCUUCACAAGAAAUCUGAACGCAAAAGGGUUAAAGUGUGUGUGUGAAAAAUCAACAAAGCCAAGAACGUCUUUGACUGGAUAGAUUUUUCAACAUGAAUCGUGCUUUUAGCAGGAAGAAAGACAAAACAUGGAUGCACACUCCUGAAGCCUUAUCAAAGCAUUAUAUUCCCUAUAAUGCAAAGUUUCUUGGCAGUACGGAAGUGGAGCAGCCCAAAGGCACUGAAGUUGUAAGAGAUGCUGUUAGAAAAUUAAAGUUUGCAAGACAUAUCAAGAAAUCUGAAGGCCAGAAGACACCCAAAGUUGAAUUACAAAUCUCAAUCUAUGGUGUAAAAAUUCUAGAUCCAAAAACAAAGGAAGUCCAGCACAACUGUCAACUCCAUAGGAUAUCAUUUUGUGCUGAUGAUAAAACUGACAAGAGAAUAUUUACUUUCAUAUGCAAAGACUCAGAAUCAAAUAAGCAUCUUUGCUAUGUAUUUGACAGUGAAAAGUGUGCGGAAGAGAUAACUUUAACAAUUGGUCAAGCAUUUGACUUAGCUUACAGGAAAUUUCUGGAAUCUGGAGGAAAAGAUGUUGAAACAAGGAAACAAAUUGCAGGUUUACAGAAAAGAAUUCAAGAAUUAGAAACUGAAAACACAGAACUGAAAAAUAAAGUUCAAGAUUUGGAAAACCAGUUAAGAAUAACACAAGUACAUGCAUCUCCACUGCUGCACAUAAAGUGUGAUAAUGAUGAACAUAUGUUUCAAAGACCCUCUACUUUUUUCUGGUGUAACAGUGAGGAUUCGCCUCCUUGUUUAGAUACCUCUUCCAUUACAGUUACUCCUAGGAGUUCUCCCAACUCUAAACUACCACCUGGAUUGUUAAUACCACCACCUUCAAAAAGUGGUCUUCCAAGGCCAACCAGUGAAUACAGCUGGCCAAGACCUCGUGCAGGCAGUGUGACACCUAAAUCACCCUCCACUGACAUCUUUGAUAUGGUUCCCUUUUCUCCCAUAUCCCCUCAGUCAUCAACACCUACUCGCAAUGGUACACAGCCUCCUCCAGUACCCAGUAGAUCUACAGAGAUCAAGAGAGACCUUUUUGGAGCAGAACCUUUUGACCCUUUUAGCUGUGGAGCAGGAGAUUUCCCUCCAGACAUUCAGUCCAAACUAGAUGAGAUGCAGCGUCAGCGAUGGUUGGUAUAUCAUUUUUUAAUAAUGAUAUUUAAUGCAUUUACAAUUGAAGUGUGCAUGUGUUCAUGUCUGGUGUCUUUAUUUUUAUGAAUAUGUGUGUACAUCUGUAAAUCUUUCAUGUAACUUUUAAAACUUUUAGUGGCCUGCAGUUUUUUAAGGUAGGAAAGCUGAUUCUUUUUCUUAUCAGCUUCUAAUACUAAGCCUUUAUUUUCAUUGCUGUUUAUUUUCCAUGUGUACUAGUGAAAUCUCCAGUCUUCGUUAUCAGAUUGUCCUUAGUGAAAUGGUUUAAGCAAAACCUUAGAUACAUAUAUUUUUAUGUAAUACAGUCACAUUUGUGAAUGUUUUUUUACUUGGAAAUAAUUACUUAAAAGCUUGAAAUGAGCAGAAGAUAGCUGUACUAGAAGUCAGUGGUUGUUAGAUAUACAGCUGAUAAGAAGGAAGGUGAAAUGGAUGCUGCAAAAGGUAAAAGCACAGAAUAUUCAAUGUACUCUGGAAAAUGUAAAGAAACAUGUAAGAAAAAUACAGGCUUCUUUCCUUCUCUGGAAUGCAAACUGAAGGAAUCUGUUCACAUUAUGAAAGUACAGUCUGACUUUCAGUAAAUACAUAUUCCAUUAAAUACACAAAGGUAAGUUGCUUAUGACCACAUCUAAUAGUUCAAAUAUAUAGACUCACUCUGAGAGGGCGUUAAAUACAGCUUAUCCUGCACUGAGUGGUAAGCAAGCUGUCUCAGCAGCAGCCAGUGACAACCUGAUUGGAGCAGCUCAGUCCAGACUCUCUUACCCUGUUUCUCCUGUAAAGCUAUGUCAGAUGCCUUGUCAAACAUAUGCCUGUCUGCAGAAAAGCUGUCUCAGUGUAUGUGUGUGUUGGAAGGUGAUGUGUAAGCAAAGAGAGAAGGGAAGGUGCAGCACAGCAGAGGCUUUGGAGAAUAAGCCCUUUAAGUAGUGGGUGCUUUUCUUUGCAUCCAAUAUUCUGAAUUUAAAAAGAUCAGAUAAAUUUUCCUGACCUCUGGGAGAACACUUUUGUAUUUAAACUUCAGGGAGGGUCCAGAUUUCACACUUAAGCUCUUUCUGUUCCAUUUCUCAGUUCAGUCUCUGUUGAUCUUUUUGGAGAGCUCAAAACUCAUACUGAGAUGUGACUUUUACAGCUCAGGCCUCUCUCUUGAUGACUGUUCAACCUUCCAUUUCCCCCACCUUUAUGCUGAAACAUAUUUUAAUUUCACUAUUUUUACUGCAUUCAGACAUUAAUAAAUUUAAUCUGUCUGUUUUCUCAGAAAUCUUGCAGUUGAGGGGAAGUUUCCCUAGAUCAUGAAUCAUACCAGCAACAGCUGCUAUAAUUUAUUAAAAUCUCAAAGCUUCCAUGAGCUGCAAGCCAUUCCCCUGCAUGCCCUGAAGCAGUCAGUAGGAUUGAUGUCUUUCUAUCUGAAAUAAGUUACCCUCAGCCCUUUAAAUUAUCAUCUCAGAGAUGUGUAAAUUUAUCAUUGGUUCAUAGCGUUUGCAUUGACUUAAGCUCAUGAAGUGAAGUUACUGUGAAGUGACGGGUCAAUCUCAAAGCAGUAAGGUUUUGGCAAAUUUAUCUUCUGGGAAAAAAAGAGUUCUUUGUCUUUUACUGUUUACUGUUUUUAACCAGAAUAGCUCAUGUCUUAGAGAAACUAAAAAAGUGGGUGUUUUGGAAGAGGCUUUGUUUUCAGGUUGCUUUCACUAGUGAAAACAAGCUUUGCUACUCUCUUCAAGAGACCAAUCAUAUCCUUUAGUUCAAUACCGUUAUUCAUCUGGGUAACUAAGAUGUUCAGUCCUUGUAUUAAAUCACCUUGAAAAUAAAAAGUUACUUGACAUAGUCAUCAUGAGGAUAUGAACAGAGAAGCAAGGUGCAAUAUAGAUGCGCACUUCAUAGCCCUUCCACUCCUGUCCAGUAACAGGGAAUGGCCUUUUCUGCAUUCCCUAAAAAUCAGCAGAUUUGAGAGAUUUGCUGAUCACAUGAGGAGUUACUCUUUCAUGAAUCUUUAAAGUACAGGAAGCCGUGGCACACAUGUGUUUUAAUGAACAGGCAGUGUGUUAUGCUUAAGACAUGUUACUUGAAGCUGAAGUGUCUGAAUUUCACAAGGCAAAAUACUUUAAAUGCUGUGUAUUAAAAUUAAUGUAACCUUUAAUAUAUAUAGUAUGUAAUGUGUAUCAAGUGCUGACUAUUAUGUCAUUUUAAAAGAAAAUAUAUUCUGCAUUGCACAUUAAUUGAGUUUAUUAGAAAAAGAGAAAAAAUCAUAAUUUGUAAUCUGCUUGGUCAUUCCAACUGACUUCAUUAUUAUGACAGCUGCAAAUGCUGGGUUUUGAAGUGGAGAGUCUGAAGUAGACAUAUACUGUGUAAUGGAUACUAAUAAUAUAGCAGCUUCAAGUAGGAGCCAGAGGAUUUGACAGAGAUGUAUGCAGUUCAGAUGUAUGUAUAAAGUGUAUUCCUGAAAGCAGAUAUAAAGCUCAGAAGAGUUCUGCAUAGCUGUGAGAACUGAAGCAUAGGAUACUUCUAUUAUCUGCAUUAAUUACACUUCAGCUGUGUCUGAACAUAAAGGAGAAUCUUUUUUUAAAACCUUAUGCUCCCACAGCUUGCUUGAUUGCAGCUAAUUGCCUUUUUUAAAAAAUACAGUGUAUAUUUGCCAAAAUACAAGUUUGAAGAGUCCAAAAACCAUUUAAGAAUUUGGAGUUAUUUUGCAAAAUUUGAAGGAUUAGGAAUAGAGAUGGCUGGGGAGAUCUGAAGUCCAUGCUUUUGUGAUCCUUGGAAAUUUUAUGGCAAUCGCUUUGCCAAGGAAUCCGCUAGACAAGGAUGUUCUGAUUUAUUAUCCCCCCCUUUUUGAAGACUGCAUUUAAUUUAAUAGGAACAUUAGUUAAGCCAAUUCUUUGGUUUAAACUCCUACGCACUUCUUGUCCUUCACUUAGAUUUUCAUGAAAAAAACCAAACAAACAGAAAACUGAACCUCUGAGGUUUACAUUCUUUUAAACCCUGAAAAAUCCCCAGCUGGCGAUCUAGAUUACUUUGAUGUCCUCUUUAUGUUGUUGGGCUUUUUUGAUCAUGUGGUUGACAUGGAACUUUGAACCUGCUAGUAACUGUAUUAUCUGACAUUUAAUGACGGUCUGUUUUGUGUCAUUUAACAGAUGAACAUUGAAAUGCCAUGUUCCUUUUAUAGACAGUUAAGUGCAUGAGCCAUUUUAAAGUAUGAAUAUGUUAACACUCCAGUUCCUGAUACUGUAGUAGUAGGUUUUCCUUCCUUAUCAGUUCUGCCUAUAGUAGAAGCUGGGUUCUCAAGUACGCAACUGGUAACAGCACCUGGCUGCCACAUCACUGUUUUCUUUUACAACAGACAAUAGUUAUGGUAAUAAAGUUAAAAUGCUUUUAAAAAUAAUUAUGAUACAUAUAGUGCAGCAAUCUCUGAAUGGAUUAAUGCUGAUCACAUUCCAAGUACGUGAAAAUAUGAUCAUUUUAAAUGCAGAAUAUCAUAUCUUCAAAGAGGAGGAGGACUAAGUAGGGGGGAAAGUGGUCUGAAGUUAAAGAAGGAAAGAUAAGGAGAGCAUUGUUCUUCAAGAAAGCAGAAAUAGUUCAAAGCAGUAACAGCAAACACAAGCUAAGUGUUAAAUGACAAAAUACCAUUUUGUAUGGAAUAAAAAAUUAAAAAAUCACACAUGAUCAACAUAAAAGCAGUGGGAUGUAUGUGCUUCCAAAAUGUAUAAGCUGAUUUGCUUUUAGCUAGCCAGAGAAAAGGCAUUGGAAGUGCAGCUUCUUAAGACAGCAACAAACAGUGCUUGAAUGUAUAGAAAGGUAAGAGCAUGCAGGACAUGAAUGAGAUGCGUGUUCUGUGAAGGCCUCUCUGGAUUGCUAAAAAUGAAGAUGGUUGUCCUUGCUAAAAUAGUUGCUGUAGCUGUUGUACCUCUGUUGUACCUCUAUCAAGCAUCCUCAGGUUGAAGCACAAACUAUCCCUUUUACAAUCACAAAACUGGAAGCAGCCUUUAGAUACGCUUCAGAGCAUAUCUGAAGUGCUUCAAAAGGUAAGCAUUUCAGACACAAUGUAAUAACUGCAGGGUUUACAAUAUGAUAGGAUAGACUGUAGGGCUAAUUCUGAAUUUCCCCUUCUGUGACUGCAGUUACAUCAAUUAAUAAUAUCCUUUUGGUAAAUGAACAACAGGAGGUGUUUGACUUGGAGCAUCAGAUAUCUUUUGCUUGAAAUAUUUUUUCAAAUCCUGUUAUCCCUUUGAGAAGUACAG